UCGAAGCUCGAAGAUUAAUGGUUCGCGUCGCCUUGUGGACUUAUCGGGGAAAGAUGGCUUGCUUGCGCCUCGUGGGCCGACAAUGUUGCGGCCGACCGACUCGUGUAUGCACAGAUGCGCGUCGAGCCUAGCCAGCUAAGGUUUCGGGCUAGAUUCGAUCUAGUAAACAUUCCAAAGUAAGAUAUGCCUCGACGGCGCAUGCUCAUGGAAAAGAACCGCCUGCUCGAAUUUAAUCCGGCCUCAAAAGGUCUAAAGCAUUGUCCAUUCGGUCUCGCCACUCGGGUCUCUCGGCUCUCGAUCCGGUGUAUUUUCAUCCCCGAGAGUUUUCUGCGCGUGAAAAGAGAGAAUCUAUCCUUCUUGGGACCGGGAGCAUAUAUCCAGCGCAGUAACUCGCUCAUUCUUCUGCACCCCGAACGAGGAGGUGCCUCGAGCUCUCGGUCGUCGUCGACGAUGCUCGAAGGAGGCGGCGGCGGGAGGAGGAGAGGAGGGAGACGGGGGUCGGCGGCGGAGGAGGAGGAAGACGAAGAGUACGAGGUCGAUAUGGGAUCGGAAUCCCCCAAGCCGUCAUGGAGGUCGACCUUCGGGCUCAUGCUGAGGAGCGAGUGUUCGUGGAGAGGCUCGCUCGCGAGAUGGGACGCCUCUACUUCUUCUUCUCCACCGCCAGAGUUUGUCAUUCUGCCCAAUAACUGGCGGUACGUGCUAUGGACGCACUUCAUCUUGAUAUGGGCGGUGUACUCCUCCUUCUUCACCCCGCUCGAGUUUGGGUUCUUCAGGGGGUUGCCGGAGAACCUCUUCCUCCUCGACAUCGCCGGGCAGUUCGCUUUCCUGGUCGACAUCGUGAUCCGCUUCUUCGUCGCCUACAAGGACUCCCAUUCCCACAACAUGGUCUUCGACCGUUCCCAGAUCGCCCUAAGGUACUUGAAGUCUCGAUUCAGCGUGGAUCUUCUGGGUUGUCUCCCCUGGGAUGCUCUUUAUAAGGUCUGUGGGAGGAAGGAGCCAGUCAGGUACAUGUUGUGGAUUAGGCUAAGUCGGGCGCUCAGAGUGACGGAGUUUUUCGAGAAGAUGGAGAAGGACAUUCGGAUCAAUUAUCUCUUCACUAGGAUAGUGAAACUUCUCGUCGUCGAGCUCUACUGCACGCAUACGGCUGCUUGCAUCUUUUACUAUCUUGCUACCACUUUGCCUCCUUCCAAGGAAGCAUACACGUGGAUCGGGAGCUUGAAGAUGGGUGACUAUAGCUAUUCGCACUUCAGAGAUAUUGAUCUUUGGAAGCGCUACGUCACAUCUCUCUAUUUUGCCAUUGUCACAAUGGCGACAGUGGGCUAUGGAGAGAUACAUGCAGUAAAUGUCAGAGAGAUGAUAUUCAUAAUGGUUUAUGUAUCUUUCGACAUGAUCCUUGGUGCUUACUUGCUUGGUAACAUGACGGCCUUGAUAGUAAAAGGAUCAAAGACGGAAAGGUUUAGGGAUAAAAUGACCGAACUUAUCAGAUACAUGACUAAGAAUAAUCUUGGAAAGCAAAUUAGUGAUGAGGUCAAGAACCAUUUGCAACUACAGUAUAGUCACACGUACACUGAGGCUACUGUUCUUCAGGAUAUACCAAACUCUAUCCGCACAAAGAUCCAGCAAAAGUUGUAUGAGCCAGACAUUACUAAAGUCUCUCUUUUCAAGGGCUGUUCUCCAGGAUUCAUCAAGCAGAUAGCAAUGAGAGUGCAUGAGGAAUUUUUCCUCCCGAGAGAAGUGAUCAUAGAACAGGAAACUGGGGUUGACCAGCUAUACAUCAUCUGUCAUGGUUAUCUGGAAGGAGUUAGAAAAGAAGACGAUAAAGAGGAAAGGUUCCCCAUGAACUUGCCAAGUUAUAGCACGCUAGGAGAAAUCCCCCUACUCUGUAACACCACUUUGCCUUACACUGUUAGGGCAUGUGAACUAUGCAAGCUCUUACGCCUCAGCAAACAAUCCUUUACCGAGAUCCUCGAGAUAUAUUUUUCUGAUGGACGCAUUAUCUUGAACAACCUUCUUGAGGGAAAAGACUCGAACCUCUGCAAGCAGCUGUUGGAAUCGGAUAUCACACUUUAUAUCAUGCAGCACGAGUCAGAGCUGGCGACAAGGCUGAACUGUGCUGCCCAUGAUGGAGAUCUAUAUCGCUUGAAGCAUCUGGUAGCUGCUGGAGCGAAUCCCAGCUUGACGGAUUACAGUGGGAAGUCUCCUUUGCAUGUUGCUGCUUCAAGGGGACACGAGGAAAUCGUUAUUUUCCUACUCGAACAGCAUGUAUGCAUCGACAGUCCAGAUGAAUCUGGAAAUACCCCACUGCUGGAAGCUAUCAAGCAUGGCCACGAUCAGGUUGUUUCUUUACUUGUCAAAGCAGGUGCUUCGCUGAUAAUAGAUGAUGCUGGUGGUUUCCUCUGUACCACCGUCGCAAGAAGGGACACAGAUCUCUUGAAGAGGAUUUUGGCUAAUGGAAUCAACCCAAACGUGAAAAAUUACGACUCCCGAACGCCGCUUCAUGUGGCUGCUUCUGAAGGAUUGUACUCGGUCGUGCAUUUACUUCUAGAAGCAGGAGCAAGCGUUUUACCUAAGGACAGAUGGGGAAGUACUCCACUUGAUGAAGGCCGUUUAAGUGGAAACAAGAAUCUCAUCAACCUGCUCGAAGAUGCGUGGACUAUUCAAAUCUCGGAGUUUGCAGAUUCAUGCCAUCUUCAAGCUGAUAGGAUGCAGAAAAGGAAAUGCACCGUGUUUCCUUCCCACCCGUGGGACGCGAGCAACGAGAGAGGAAGGCGAGGGAUCAUGCUAUGGGUUCCGCGAACCUUGCAAGAGCUGAUAGAGGCAGCCAAACAGCAGCUCCACGUUUUAACCGACUCGUGCAUCUUGGCAGAAAAUGGCGGCAAAGUAACCGACGUCAACAUGAUCAGUGAUGGUCAGAAUCUGUUCCUUGUGAGCGGCGCGCGAUGAACAGCAACAGCGGCACCAAAGUAGAUGGUCAGUGCGUUCUAUGCUGCAGAUGCAGUCGAGCAGGGACCUUCACUUGCUCACUAUGGAACCUCAUUGUUCCUUCUUUUGUCGCAGUAUUAAGAACCAUUGCUUGAUGUGAAUUCUAUGCUAGCUUUCUCGAUUACACUCCCUUCACCUUGUCUUUGGUCGAGAUGAACGAAGAUAUCAGUCGAGAUCAGACGUGAAAGUGCUUCGGCAAUCUUUUGAAAAUGCAGGGAAACUCCGCGGUGUCACAAGUGUUUUCACUGGA